GCGAUCCCACCCCGUCUAAGCCGCCUAGCGGCUGAGCGCAUGCGCAGUGUCUCCCUGUGAGGGAGGAGAAAAGAUGGCGGAAGCGGGCUUCAAAAAUACAUGAUUGAGUGGAAGUAUUCAGAAAUGUAACUAUUGCUGAGAGAGCACCAUAUACGAAUGGCUGGAAAAACACUGCGCAACUAUGGAGAAUGAAUCAAACACAACAACGUGUUCUGCAUCUACAGCUACUAGCACCACCACCUCCAGGACACAGCCACCACAGAUAUCUGUCUACAGUGGUUCUGACCGACAUGCUGUCCAGGUCAUUCAGCAGGCCUUGCAUCGUCCCCCUAGCUCGGCUGCUCAGUACCUUCAGCAGAUGUAUGCAGCCCAACAGCAGCAUCUGAUGCUGCAGACUGCUGCUUUGCAACAGCAGCACUUAAGUAGCACCCAGUUUCAGAGUCUGGCAGCUGUUCCACAGGCAAGUCUGUCAGGUGGGAGGCAGUGUACAUCCCCCACUGGGAGUGUCACUCAGCAGUCAAGCAUGUCACAGACAUCGAUCAACCUCUCCACCUCUCCUACACCUGCGCAAAUAAUAAGUCGUUCACAGACCUCCAACACUACUAGCAGCAGUAUUACCCAACAGACUAUGUUGCUGGGGAGUACCUCCCCUACGCUGAGUGCAAGCCAGGCUCAAAUGUAUCUCCGAGCUCAGAUGCUGAUUUUUACUCCCGCUACCACUGUGGCUGCUGUCCAGUCUGACAUUCCAGUUGUCUCAUCAUCUUCCUCAUCUUCUUGUCAAUCUGCAGCAACUCAGGUCCAGAACUUGACAUUGCGUAGUCAGAAGCCGGGGGUAUUGUCCAGUUCCCCAACUGGACAACCAAAGAGCAGUAGUCAAGCUCAGUCUUUAGCUCUAUGCCCUAAUAAAACUGCGAUCAGUACCAAGGGCAGCCAGCCAGAUCCUGCAGAAAGCAAUAGAAAAGGAGAGAGCCCAACUUCCGAGAGUCGAAGUACACCUGUCACACGGACAUCCAGCAUACAUCAGUUAAUAGCACCAGCUUCAUAUUCUCCAAUUCAUCCUCAUUCUCUCAUUAAACAUCAGCAGAUUCCUCUUCAUUCUCCACCUCCAAAGAUAUCCCACCAUCAGCUGAUACUGCAACAGCAGCAGCAGGUCCAGCCAAUUGCUCUUCAGACUCCUCCCAGUCAGGAACCACCUCCAUCACAACACUGUGUACCACUCCAAAGCCACUGUCUUCCUCCAGUUCCCAACAGUGUCCAGUCACAACAUUGUUCCCCUGUUCACAUCCAUCCUCCUCCUUUAACAGUAUCUCCUACUCCAUCCCAGUCAGCUCAACAAUCAGUAGUAGUGUCUCCCCCACCUUCUCAUUCACCUAGCCAGUCACCCACAAUAAUUAUUCAUCCACAAGCACUUAUCCAGUCGCAAACAAAUCCUCUUGUGCCAUCUGCUCUUCAGUCAGAGCAGAAUCCCCAGCCGACUGGUAGUCCAGUACGACCAGUAGCACAGCAGCUUAAUCUUCCAUCACAUCUUCCACUUCCACCUUCCCCAGUAGUACCCAUUGGAUCAGUGGAUCAGCCCACCCUGGUGUCCCCAGGUCAGCAGAUAGUGUCUUCAGCACCACACCAACAAUAUCCAGCCUUACAGUCUGCACCAAUCCCAAUUGCAGCCCCUCCACAGCUGUCAGCAUCUUCAACACAGAUUCAACAACUACCCUUGCAGUCUGUGCAGUCUUUACAAGUCCAGCCUGAAAUUCUAUCCCAGGGCCAGGUUUUGGUGCAAAAUACUUUGGUGUCAGAGGAGGAGCUUCCUGCUGCAGAAGCUUUGGUCCAGCUGCCAUUUCAGACUCUUCCACCACCGCAAACUGUUGCAGUAAACCUUCAAGUACAACCACCAGUACCUGUUGAAGCCCCUGUGAUUUAUCAAGUGGAGAAUGUGUGUGAGGAAGAAAUGCCAGAUGAGUCGGAAUGUGCCCGUAUGGAUAGGACACCUACCCCACCAACCUUAUCUCCACCAGCUAUAGUCUUAGGGAAUGGUGAGGAAUUCGCCUCAGACGAAGCUUUGUCAGAACAAGUGGGACUUCCUGCAGUGGCUUCUUCAGUGAGUGCCUCAGUAAUUAAAUCUCCAUUAGACCCUUCACAUACAUCUAUUCCACCACCUCCACUUCUGCUUCCAGCAGCAACAACAAGGAGUAACAGCACAUCAAUGCCUAAUAGCAUUCCUAGCCUAGAAAACAGACCUCCACAAGCUAUUGUUAAACCACAGAUUCUGACACAUGUCAUUGAGGGCUUUGUAAUUCAGGAGGGACUAGAGCCAUUUCCUGUAAGUCGUUCAUCUUUGCUGGUUGAACAGCCUGUAGAAAAAAGGCUUUUAAUGGAGGGUCAGGUCAUGAGUGUUGUGUGUGUUGAGUCAGAGCUACAGAAUACAAAACAUGCUGACAAUUCCUCAGACACAGAGAUAGAGGACAUGAUUACAGAAGAGGGACUAGAUGAAAUCGAGAAUGAACUCCUGAAGUGUGAGGCAUGUGGAAAAAUGGGAUAUGCUAGUAAAUUCCUACGGUCAAAGCGAUUCUGCUCCCUGUCCUGUGCCAAAAGGCACAGUGGUAGAUGUGCUAAGAAAUACGGCCUAUUCUCAUCAGACAAAUCCAGUCGUUGGAAUCGGAAGUCAGAUAGCCAAAGUCUUGGACAGCGUGGGCGUCGACCAACUGGCCCGGAUGGGGCAUCACGAGAGCACUUCCUUAGACAGCUUCCAAUUACUUAUCCAUCUGCAGAAGAUUUGGCUUCUCAUGAAGAUGCUGUGCCAACUGCUAUGACCACUCGGCUGCGACGACAGAGUGAGAGGGAAAGAGAACGUGAACUUCGGGAACUCAGGAUAAGGAAACUACCAGAGAAUAUUGACUUGCUACCAGCUGUGCAAGCUGAUCCAUCAGUGUGGACAGUUGAUGAAGUUUGGGCCUUUAUACAUUCUUUGCUUGGUUGUCAAGACAUUGCAGAUGAAUUUAGAGCACAAGAGAUUGAUGGACAAGCUCUCCUCUUGUUAAAAGAGGAUCACCUAAUGAGUGCAAUGAACAUAAAGUUGGGGCCUGCACUGAAAAUUUGUGCACGCAUCAACUCAUUGAAGGAAUCGUAGUGGGAAUGUGAUGCUUUAGAUAAUAGCCUCUCUCUUUCAAAGACCCAUACAGUAAUAAGCCAGUAUCUACACUAUGGCAUGACUAUUACUGUAAUAUUUUGACACAGUUUUUUUCAUACAAAGACUUCGAAAGUAUUGCUCCAAAUAUACCAUAUAAUCCCCCCUACCUUCCAGUAAUUAUCAGGCUUAUGGUAAAUCAUUAGCAAGACUGGGGAAUCAUUCCAGUAAAGUGGAGGGUGAGGCAGAUUAAUGAAAACAAAAGUAUAUGUUGUGGUAGAUUAAACUAUUCCCAAAAUGUUCGUUAUUAUACAAGUUUAAGAUUUUUUUUAAACAUAAUCUGAUCCUCAUUUAAAUUAUGUUAAUAUAUUCUGAAAGAGACAUUUUCCCAUGUAGAGAGUUUUUUAGACUAUGGAAUAACAGAAGAGUCCACAGAGUCUGUGGAAGCACUGAUUAUGGUAAAAUGCUAUGCAUUUAGUUGUGCUCUCUGAGUUUCUUUUAAUCUUGAGCCUGUUGUUUGAAGGGAAUUUUGACAAACCUAUUCUCUGAUAGGCUAAC